GGAGGGAUCGAUAAAGCCGUGACAAGGUGUUAGCAUUCAGUCUAGCGAAGAUACCUGCAGUAGCACAAAGUUGGUCUGAGGUAAAAAAGUAAUUAGAGAGAACUGCAUUCAUAUCAUACGUAGAAGACAUUCAUUGCUAUGUACAUCUUCGUGUACCUUGUUUCUUUCUGUUGUGCAUUUGCAUUAACGAGAGUAGAUGGGAGUGCAAUGUCAACAUGCGUGAGAAACUAUGAGAAAGUUGGUUGCUACGAUGAGUAUCAUGCAAAUGUUAAAGACCUCGUUGUUUAUGAUCGUUACGGGAUAAAGUGGAACGACAUUGUCGGAUAUAUGCACCACCUAGCAUGCACUUGUGAAUCGAAAGUAAGAGCAGCAAACAAAGAAAGAGCUGUGCCUGAACAAUACGUUGGCUUUGCACUUCACUUUUGGGGGGAAUGCUACGGAAGAACACAAGCUCACAUGGAUUCAUUGGUCAGCAAAAGCAAAUCAGAACGCUGCACUGGAGACCAGACCUACACAAAAUGCUUUGACAAGAACCCAGAAUGCACUGGGCAUGCCUUUUCUGAAUUCGUUUACAAACUCAAGCUGGGGAAAGGUGAUAUUCGGAUGAAAAGGACCUGCAACGAAACGUCAGUCAAGAUUGAUUGUGACCCAGGAUCAACAGUAAUUAUAAAAGGAGCGUAUUACGGCAGAAGAACGCCAAGUAUAUGUGGGGCACCAUUAUCUGAGGGUUGGACCAAUAGCUGCCGGGAUCUAAAAGAAACAAGCAUUAGCAGUCUCUUUAAUUCUUGCUUUGGGAAAACAAGUUGCACCAUUUUGGGUUGGGCCAGUGAUCCUAAAGAUCCAUGCCCUUCAGUAAAUAAAUACAUUGAUAUUUAUUAUUUUUGUCACAGUUAAGGCACCUCUGUCGUUGCGCUGACCGAAAAACAAUUAUUUCAUGCCUUUGUUGAAUGAUGACCAGUUAAAAAUAUUUAUUGUGUAGCAUUGAGCAGCAAGAAUUAGAUAACAUUAGUAUUGUUUAUUCUACAGAGCGUCUCACAAACGA